AAUGCACGAUGAAGCACAUUAUUUUGGAGAAUCGUCAAGUUCACAAGAAAUAUCCAAACGUUGAGUGAGAAGCUGAGAAAAUGAACAAGUUAUUUGUUGCUGUAUUUGUGGUUGCUAUUGGAGCAAGUUAUGGUUUCUUAAUAGACAAUAUUCCCUUUUUGUGCAAGGUGGACAAGGAUUGCGGAGCGCACAAAUGUUGCGCUUUUGGCAGAGUUUGCUUGCCAAAAAUUGGCGCAAACCUCCCGUGUGGUGGCCGCUUAGGUGGCAUACACAAAUGUGGUUGCGAUGAUGGUUUGGAAUGUAAGGUUACUCAGGUGAUUACCGUCACGGUUGCAGACAAAGAAAAGGUCGUUAAGAUCAGACAAUGCAGAGCAUCAGAAGAAGUCGUCGUUCCCAGGGAAGUAAAGUACAACGCUGAACCAGGAAAAAAACGCUUUCUGAGUUCCGUCACUAACGGCAUCACCGGAGCUUUUGAUAAAUUAUUCAGAAAAUGCAGUGCAUCCUCAGAGUGUGGAAACAACCGUUGCUGUUCUAAUAGCGUACCAUUUUGGGUAAGGUGCAUCUUGCAAUAUCCUGAAUUUGUGCCGUGUCACGUCAAUUCUCACUGCUGCGCGUCUGGUCUGGAAUGUAGAAGUGUCUUUGAUGUGACCACUGGCCCUGAAGGGGGUCCAACCAAGAAACCAAUAGAAGUAAAAAUGUGUAGAAAGAUCACUGAUCCGGUGGAACCCCCGACAGAAGUUGAGGUCGAUGAAUAGAGAAAUACACGGACAACAAUCGAUAAUAGGGGAAAAAAGACGUGUAUUAGACAUGAAAAAGUAAUAAAGAGCAUUGAAAAAUCA